CUUUGUCGGCUUUUGCGUUGUAACGAUCCACUCCGUAGCUCCGUAGCCAAACCAAACUCCUCACCAAAGUGAUUCCACGGGGGGGCACCGCGGAUGUUGAAGUUCUAUUCUCGACAGAACCUCCCUAGAGGUGUUGGUGUCUUGUGCUUUCCCGGAUACCGGAGAUCCGAAAUGUGAAACCUCUAGAUGAUCUUGUCAACUGUAUAAGAUGAAUUGUGCGGUUGUAAUUUACUAGUGACAAAGUGUACUACAUAUUGUGCACCUCCGGCGAGGUCUCCUCCAGAUUCGGUCGGAGGAGCUGACAUCAGAAUCAGAAGUGUCGGAAGAAGUGGUGUCUAAAGUGUGUGACCGUGUGCCACGUGCCGCCGCCGGCCCAGUAAUUAGCUGUGCAUUACCGAAUCAAAUUACACUGCUGGCUGGGGCGCGGGAAGGCAAACGGUGAUCAUGAAGCUGAGCAAGAUCUUCAACCAUAAGUUUGUGCUUGGCAGCUGCAAUCUAAUUUUCAUGCUAUGUGGAGUCACACUGCUUGCCACCGGAUUCUACAUGUUCACCGACGCUCCUCGGAUAUUGUUGUCACGUCUCCUGAUCUCUACAACGGAACAGCACCGCACAGCCCUUUCGGAACUUGAGCAACCGCUGUUCUACUAUGUUGCGUUGGGACUAACAAUCGCCGGCCUAGUGGCCAUCACUGCGUCUCUGCUAGGCUGCUGGGCUUCCUGCAUGAACACCUAUUGCAUUCUAACGAUCUAUUUCCUCAUAAUUCUGUGCCUCUUGAUUGCCGAGUUCGGUGUGUGUUUGAUGAUCACUGCUUGGCCGCAGUGUCUCGGUCUCAACCUGGACGAAACAGCCAUGGUGAAGGCGCUGCAGGGAAGCUACGGCGUUCCCGGUUACGAGCAGUUCACCGCCGCCAUGGAUCUUGCUCAAACCAUCUUCGAAUGUUGUGCCGUCAAUACCGCCAUCAACUACGACACCUCACUUUGGAAGCUGCAAAGUUUAGGCAAAAAGGAACUGACCGUUCCACUCACUUGCUGCAGACUUCAAAAUCGUUAUGAGUUUUCCGCCUAUCUAGAUCCUAUCCCGACAAAUUUGACACUUUGUCAGGCACUGCAACCGCACGACUACGAAGCCAGUCGACACCUGGAUGGUUGUCUGCAUAAGAUCGAGGUCUGGUACCGAGAGCAGUACUUCCUCUUCCUCUGCGCGGGUCUUAUCGUGGCCGUGGUAGAGUUUUGCGUUCUGCUUAGUAUCAUCUUAAGCUGUACAAAGUUGCCACGCAAGAUCGGUACCAUGAGUCCGGAAAGGAUAGCUCCUUCCGGAGCGCUAAUGCGACCGCCCGGUGGCCGGCUCGGUGUACGGGACAAUAUUUACGAACGCGAUCUACCGACACCGAUUCCGGUACCAACGGUCCGUGAGACGUACCUUCAACCUACCAAAGAUUAUACCAAACCACGGCACGAGAUUCCAUUCAACACCGGUUCGCACUACUAUCAGAUUUCCAAGAGCUAUUUGGUUUAGAUUUCAUAGCAUUAGGUUUUUGUUUAAGCUUAAGUCAUAGUUUAUGACAGAUAUUGAAUAAGCAAUUCGUACAAAUAAAGUUUUCUAAUUUA